AUGGGUCGGGACACUAUUCCAGAUGAUCUCCGCAACCACUCCGCCAGCUCUCUUGAGUGGGAUGCCUCUUUGGAAGCUAGCGCCCAGACCCUCGCCGCCAGAUGCGUCUACCAGCAUGACACCACCAUUAAUGGCGGUGGGUAUGGCCAGAACAUUGGAUAUGGUGUCUCCUCGGAAAAGAUUGGAGAGAUGAUCACCAACCUGAUGUACAACAACGAGAUGGGCUACUUCGAGGCCCUGUAUGGCGAGGCUAACCCCAGCAUGGACAACUUCGAUGCUUGGGGCCACUUCUCCCAGAUUGUGUGGAAGGGUACCACCCACGUUGGUUGCGCUACCGUGACCUGCAACAGUCUUGGUAACGUUGACUCGUCCGUCGCAGUCCCCUUCACUGUUUGCAACUACAGCCCGGCCGGAAACUAUGCCGGCGAGUAUGCCGACAAUGUCCUUCGUCCCCUUGGACAGGCCAUGUAUGUCGUUUCUUAA